ACUGACUUGACAGGAGCUGGAGCAGGAAAGACUGAACACAGAGUACUUCGUUUGGACGUCGCAGCAGUUAGUACACACAAUACCGUCUAAACGUGGAGAAACAUGAGUGGUACAGUCCGCCAGAUCACAAUAACAACCGAUCCAUGUUCACCCUACUUCCUGCGAGUGGACUGGGCUGUAGACCUUGGUGCUGGAUUUACACUGGCCCUCACUGAUGGCAGUUCGGCAUGGAUCGGAGAAGUUUCAGAAGAUGAAGUGACAAAGGAAGCCACAGAAUUGGGAGUCGCAAGAGACCGAUAUGUGGAAGAUCUUCUGCGGGCGCUAACAGACAGUGAAGAUGGAAGAAGAGGAAGACAGAGAGGAAGUGGCAAGGAGGUGUAUUCUUUCCACCUUACUCCAGAUCACUGCCAUCUCUCGUAUGAGAAGAUCUGUGAUGACGUCUCGGUGCACUUGGGCUCUGUGGAGCUCCAACCAGCGCCAGACCCUCUAGAGCUGAAUCAGGAAAUGAUUGGCCACUCGCUAAAGCGCAGCGCGGAUCUGGAGUCCAAAAAUUGCCAGCUGUUGAGGGAGAACCACAGACUGAAAGAGGAGCACCAGCGAAUAGUCGAAGAGCUGGAACGACAUGUUGAAGAUAAGGAAACGCUGGAGAGCGAGCUUUACUCACGUUUUGUGCAGGUGCUGAAUGAGAAGAAGGCGAAGAUCCGAGGCCUGCAGGACACCGUACGCAGCCUCCAAAAGGGCGGCGAGGAGAGGAGGCGAAGUGACGAUGAAUCAGCUCAGAACGACGAUGACGCUGGCAGACGGGACAGAGGGGAGGCCGUUCAGAGCGUCCGCCCAUCUCAGGAGCCGACCAUCCUCAUCACAGGUCGUGAUCUCGUGAGCCACGGCCUCACUGUGGACCGCACUUUUUCUGACAGCGAAGACGAGCAACCGAGAAGAAAGCGCAGGGUGCUCCCGAUGUCAAGCCCGCCAACGUCUGACCAGGAAUAAAAUCAAAGUCUCUGAGGAGGAGGAGGGUGGAGAUAAGACAAGUAGACAUACUCCACUUGUCUUAUCUCCACCCUCGACAGCUCAUCAACACAACCACAGCCCGACAUGGAACACUUUUUGUAAUAUACAGGUUUUCGUUUUUUCGGGGAUCCCUAUCCAACUGUGUGACAAGCUAAUAAACCCUCACCUCAACAUACACAAACAAAACAGUGACAGCCAGGCAACAGAGUGCUGGAGGUGUCCCCAGAUGCAGAGCAUUCUGUCCCAGACUGUGAAAGCACGAUACCGCCAUCUGGUUUCUCUUAGCUCCGACAAUCACCUGCCAGAACUCUCACGACAGACUUAAUUUUUGUCUUUUAUCUUUCGGUAAAUCAAAAAACCAAAAAUGACAAAACGAAUGACGCCAUAUUUUCUCCAGCGCUUUCAGAACCACGUGAUCCCAUCCAGUGCUGCUGUAUUAAAGCCCUUGGCCCAGAUGCGGUCGUGUUCAUGUGAUACCAUACCCACCACUUAAUGCCUUCCAGUGCUUCCUCAGGAACUGAUGGUGUUCCUGCUAAUGACAUGUAGAGCAUGGCAGAGAGCGUGGACCACGGGUAUGGAAGCAAUUUCUCAAGAGCUUGACUUCACCCAUGCGCCGGCUGCCAAGCCCCUUGGCCUUGGUUGUGUGUGAGACUGGAGAAAGAGUAACAACUACUGAGGGACAACAGGCUACACCCAGAAAACAGGGUGUCGCCACCUAGGAACCGAAGCUGCUCUGCUGCUGCUUAUUCAUCAUGUCUUCCUUGUGUUUUCCUCCCUCUUUUCAUCAUGAAAAUAAACUGUACACAUCUCUUUCAUUUCCACCGUCUAAACUAGCAUUUUGCAAAAGAUGAUUUGUCCUGCAUGCUUUUUAUUUUUUACGUCUGCUCUUUUAUUGUGCAGAUGUGCAGUUCUGUGGCCCAAAUUACCUGAGGCUUGUUCUGCAGAGGGUUAAUAGGGUUGCGUUGUCUUCCCCUCCUCAGCUCUUUGUUAAACUGCUUACCAGCUCUUGGUCUCCAAGGUCAUCACACUGAUGUUAUUGAAUCUAUGGAGAACUGACCGUGACCUCUGAGCUAUGAACCUGACAGUACCUAUAUGUCUGCUGAAGGCCACAGGUGGCCGCCAGGAUAAUCCCACACCGCGCACAAGCUGGUGUUGUAAUCCUCACAGGAAUUCCACUGUCUCCUUGAUACAUCCCAUAGAUAAAUGGUUUUAUACAGGGAGACGCAGACCAGUGACCCGAGAUAAUUGACAAGACGAGAAUGUGCUGGAUAAGACAAAGAGGGAAAAGUUUUGUUUUUAUUUGAAAUGUUUAUCUGUUUUUUUUUUUCUUGAAAAUGUAUUAAAAAUACACUGUAGAGGAUUAUUUAAAUUAUAAUGAAACAUUUGAGAAAUGUUUCUCAGCCCUUCAUGGAACAUGUACAAGUUGAAAUGUAAUAAACAUUUUUGCACUGCA